GGCGGGCUCUGGAGCGGGGCCGGGGCCGGGGCCGCGGCCGGGCUGCGCUCGCUGCGGGGCUCGCACUGUGGCCGCGCGCCCGGCGCCCGUGACGCGAUGGUGAACGCGAACCGCGUGCAGCCGCAGCCGCCCGGGGCCGCCGAGCCGUCCGCGCCGCAAGCGCCCAGGCCGGGCAGGCGGAUGGCGGGGCUGGGCGGCCCGGGCCUGCGCGAGGCGCGCGGCCUGGACAUCGAGAUGGAGCGCAUCCGCCAGGCCGCCGCGCGCGACCCCCCGGCCGGGGCCUCGGCCUCGCCGUCCCCGCCGCCCUCGGCCUGCUCGCGGCAGGCGUGGAGCCGCGACAACCCGGGCUUUGAGGCCGAGGAGGAGGACGACGACGAGGAGGUGGAGGGCGAGGAGGGCGGCAUGGUGGUGGAAAUGGACGUGGAGUGGCGCGCGGGCAGCCGCAGGGGCGCCGCGUCCUCGGCCGUGGGCUCCGCGGGCGCGCGCGGCCGAGCGCUGGGCGGCUACCACGGCGCGGGGCCCCCGGGCGCGCGGCGCCACCGGCGUGAGGACCCGGGCGCGCCCUGCUCCAGCCCGGCCGGCGGCGGGGACGCGCGGCAUCGCCACCUGGCCCUGGACGGGCAGCCGCCCCGCGUGGCCUGGGCCGAGCGCCUGGUCCGCGGGCUGAGAGGUCUCUGGGGAACGAGGCUCCUGGAGGACAGCAGCACUGACCGAGAGAAAUACCUGAAAAGCGUUUUGCGGGAGCUGGUCACAUACCUGGUUUUCCUGGUCAUCUUGUGCAUCUUGACCUAUGGCAUGAUGAGCUCCCAUGUGUACUACUACACCCGGAUGAUGUCACAGCUCUUCCUAGACACCCCCAUUUCCAAAACGGACAAGACUAACUUUAAAACCCUGUCUUCAACAGAGGACUUCUGGAAGUUCACAGAGGGCCCCCUGCUGGACGGGCUGUACUGGAAGGCGCAGCCCGGCGCCCACUCAGAAACAGACAACCGCAGCUUCAUUUUCUAUGAGAACCUGCUGCUGGGGGUCCCACGCAUCAGGCAGCUCAAAGUCAGAAACGGAUCCUGCUCCAUUCCUCCAGACCUUCGAGAUGAAAUCAAAGAGUGUUAUGACGUCUACUCGGUCAGCAGUGAAGACAGGGCCCCUUUUGGGCCCCGUAACGGAACUGCUUGGGUCUACACAAGUGAACAGGACUUGAAUGGGAGUACCCACUGGGGGGUGAUCGCAGCAUACAGCGGUGCUGGCUAUUACCUGGAUCUGUCAAGGACCAGGGAGGAGACAGCUGGCCAGCUUGCUGGCCUCAGGAAAAACGCCUGGCUGGACCGAGGAACCAGGGCAGCUUUCAUCGACUUCUCCAUGUACAACGCCAACGUCAACCUGUUCUGCGUGGUCAGGUUGUUGGUUGAACUCCCAGCAACGGGAGGCGUGAUCACCUCCUGGCAGUUUCAGCCUGUGAAACUGAUCCGCUAUGUCACCUCGUUCGAUUUCUUCUUGGCAGCCUGUGAGAUUCUCUUUUGUUUCUUUAUCUUUUACUAUGCUGUGGAAGAGAUACUGGAAAUUCGCGUUCACAAGCUGCACUACUUUAGAAGUUUCUGGAACUGUCUGGAUGUGGUGAUCAUUUUGCUCUCAGGGACAGCAAUAGGAAUCAACAUCUACCAGACCUCAAGUGUGGAGGGGCUCCUGCACUUUCUGGAUGAUCAAAAUAUCUUCCCCAACUUUGAGCAUCUGGCAUCCUGGCAAAUACAGUUCAACAGUAUAGCCGCUGUCACAGUGUUUUUUGUCUGGAUUAAGCUCUUCAGAUUCAUCAGCUUUAACAGGACCAUGAGCCAGCUGUCCACAACCAUGUCUCGGUGUGCCAAGGACCUCUUUGGCUUCGCCCUCAUGUUCUUCAUUAUCUUCCUGGCCUAUGCCCAGUUGGCCUACCUUGUCUUCGGCACUCAGGUUGAUGACUUCAGUACUUUCCAAGAAUGUAUCGUCACUCAAUUCCGUAUCAUUUUGGGCGAUGUCAACUUUGCAGAGAUUGAGGAAGCUAAUCGAGUUUUGGGACCACUUUAUUUCACUACCUUUGUGUUCUUUAUGUUCUUCAUUCUUUUGAAUAUGUUUUUGGCCAUCAUCAAUGAUACUUACUCAGAAGUGAAAUCUGACAUGGCCCAGCAAAAAGCUGAAAUGGAACUCUCCGAUCUUAUCAGAAAGGGCUACCAUAAAGCCUUGGUCAAACUAAAGCUGAAGAAAAGCACCGUGGAUGACAUUUCAGGGAGUCUGCGGCAAGGGGGAGGCAAGCUGAACUUCGAUGAACUUCGGCAGGAUCUCAAAGGGAAAGGCCACACUGAUGCGGAGAUUGAAGCAAUUUUCACCAAGUAUGACCAGGACGGAGACCAGGAACUCACCGAACACGAGCACCAGCAGAUGAGAGAUGACCUGGAGAAAGAGAGAGAGGACCUGGACUUGGACCACAGCUCCUUACCACGGCCUAUGAGCAACCGGAGUUUCCCAAGGAGCCUGGAUGACUCUGAGGAGGAUGAUGACGAGGACAGUGGCCACAGCUCCAGGAGAAGGGGAAGCAUCUCCAGCGGGGUCUCCUACGAGGAGUUUCAAGUCCUGGUGAGACGCGUGGACCGCAUGGAACACUCUAUCGGCAGCAUCGUGUCCAAGAUUGACGCUGUGAUUGUAAAGCUGGAGAUCAUGGAACGGGCCAAACUGAAGCGGCGGGAGGUGCUGGGGAGGCUACUGGACGGAGUGGCUGAGGAUGAAAGACUGGGUCGUGACAGUGACAUCCACAGGGAGCAGAUGGAGCAGCUGGUGCGAGAAGAGCUGGAGCGCUGGGGGGCAGAGGACACCGCCGCCCAGCUUACCCAUCCCGGCCUGGGCGUGCCGGCGGGACUCCACGGCCAGCCCCAUCCUCGAAGCACUCGGCCUUCCUCCUCGCAGUCCGCAGACGGCCUGGAAGGCGGAGGAGGAGACUGCAGCUCCAACAUCCACGUGUGACACCUGUGUCGCUGUGUGUCACCCAGCGGGGGAGAAAGUGGCUGUCCCCGGUUGCCAUAGAAUCCACUACUUGUAUGCUCUAGCAGCCAUACGAUGCUGGUCUUUGUGACCGAUUAUUAAUCAUUUGCACUUUAAUUUAUUGUGUGGAAACUUUACCCAUGGAUCAAAGACUUUUUUCAUUUUUGCGUAUAAGAAAUCAAGAUGUAAAUAUUAGAUUCAAGAAAAGAAAAAAGCAUCCAGAGUACUAUGCUCAGCUGCUACUGUGCCUAAAGCUGGAGGACUGUCACGGGGCUGCCGGGUUCCCCUUCCAGCCACAAAGCCAGUGUUGUCAUUUUUGUCCAGGGUGUGAAGGAAAGGUGGGUCCCCUUUCCACUCAAGUGCCAUUCAUGAGCUGAGAAAGUAGCUUUCCUGUAAGAAAGGGAAUUUUCCUGGCGGAUCGCUUAGCAGGAGAAAGCACCUACCUGGCAAGUGUGAGACUGAGAGUGCAGCCCUGGUGAGAGAGAGAGAGAGAGAGAGAGAGAGAGAGAGAGAGAGAGAGGCACAGAGAGACGAAGGGAAGAAGGGAGGGAGGAAGAAACAAAGAAAUUUUAACUCAGCUACCUUCCUGCAGUAAACUCUUAGAAAACAUGAAGUAGAAGAAAACUACAAAGCGUAGAAUGGGUAUGUAGCCAUUAUACUAGAGUCUGUAGGAAUGGUUAACAUAUUAAAUACUAUGUAACUUUUGAUAUUUUGUCAUAUCUAAUAUCUGUGGGGCUUUUAUAUUUUAUAUUUCAUUAGCAAUACGGUGGGUAAAAGCACUGAUAUUAAUUAAUUACUGGAUAAAUGAUAUCUCUAAGAAAACAUAAGAAUUGGAAGGAACCCUAAUUUGCUUCCAGUUUAGACAUUUUCAGUAAUUUGUAGAAUAAAAUUAUACUAGAUGCUUUCCCUUCGGUGGUGUAAAGUGCUGAACACUUCACAGAAGAGAGAUUCAAUUUGCUUCACAGUUGUAGAGGGUCCGUCUGUGGUUCACUGGCUGUAAGACAGGAACACCAUGGCAGAGGCCCUCUAUUCUCUUUCCCAUGUGUCUCAACUCAUUUGCAGAUGAGUUAAUGUUACAACUAACCUAGUAGGACAAGCUAAGUUUUACUGUAUGCACUCAACCUUUUAACUCAGUAAGUAUGUUCAUAUUAAGGAAAAUUUUGAGCAAGUUUCAAAGUUCAUAAAGCUUGAGUAGAAACAAAGUUUUUAUUUUAUACCAGCUCAGGUAUAUAAUCCUGAAAUAUUGUGUGCCAUAGUUUAAAGACUAGAAUGGAUAAUAUAAAUGAAGUGUGAUACAAAGGAGGCUUGGGUACUGAAAAUUCAUCCAUUUUCACAGUUCUAGCCCAAGUUGUUCUAGUUAGGAGAACAUCUCAUCAAAUUUAGGGAGGGAUCUAUUUCUCAAUAAAAAAUAAAACUGAUUUUUUUUCAAAAGUGUUGAACAAUGUGACCAUCUGAGAGCUAAUAGGAGAAGUGAGAGACAGUGUAGUGUUAGUGAGAAAUCGUCAGCUGGGAAGCCAAUAAAAGAGAGUCCUGUUUCUUCACGCUGGCUCUUUAAAGUUCCCUCAAUGAAAAGAAAGUCUCAGUCUAAUUUCCAGUGAGGAGGCAAGUGGCUGACCUUCCAGGGAGGCUUCCGUAGGAGUUUCUUGAGCGUCACUCUCUGGGACGUCAGAUCCCUCUCAGAUUUCUUUAUUCCUAGGCACUAGUGUACACACUCCAGGAGAAAUGGGUGUGCACACUCGCUGUGUGCGUGCUGUGCUCUAAGUGUAAACAAGCUUCACUGUGAAGUGCAUUCUCACCGUGUGGUGUCCACGUGUACUGACCAUGUGCCAGGCAUCCAUCCUGGUCACAAGGAAGUCUGUUUAUAUAUGUGUUAUUAUUAAUGUGCUGUCUCUGAUUUUAUUGUACCAUGUUACAGAAUUCUGUCCCUGUACCUGCAAAUUCCAUGCCUUUUCAUCUUCCACCAUAGCGAAUUCACUCCUCAUCCUUCACCAUCUUCUCCAUAAUGAAGAUGUUACAUCUGCGAGCCUUUCCUAACAAUCAAGAAUUUCAUAACUGUAUGAUAUGGACCGCUUUGCUUUUUAAUAAAGGCUUGAUGUGUAACAGA